CAGAGAGAAGACGGAGAAUGCUUACGUUUACCACUGCAGUCCGGCAUGUUCCGGUGCUCGGCCAGCCGACAACCGAGCCAUGGCGACGACAUUCCCUGCACCUAAACUCUCGGCGUCGACAAUGUGGGUUGGUGCUAGCUAGCAAAUCCCCAUCAUAUCCGGAGGUAGAAGUGGGUGAAUUGGAUGUUGAUGACAACAGACGACACAUGGAUGAACCCAGCGAGAUGCAACAGAUGAUCGAUGCCAUAAGAACGACAAUGGAGUUAUUGGGUGAUGGUGAAACGUCGACGAAUAUGUCUGCCUACGACACGGCGUUGGUCGCCCUUGUCAAGAACCUUGAGGGAGGCGAUGGACCGCAAUUCCCCUCAUGCAUCGACUGGAUUGUUCAGAAUCAACUACCGGAUGGUUCAUGGGGUGACCCUGCUUUCUUUAUGGUCCAAGAUCGGAUGAUCAGCACCCUGGCAUGUGUGGUGGCACUGAAAUCCUGGAAAAUUGACAACGCCAACUUGUGUGAUAGAGGUGUGUCAUUUAUCCAAGAAAAUAUGAGCAGGUUGGUAGAAGACGAACAGGACUGGAUGCCAUCUGGCUUCGAGAUUAACUUCCCAGCACUCCUAGACAGGGCCAAGGACCUGAAUUUGGACAUCCCUUAUAAUCACCCCGUUUUGGAGGAGAUAUAUACCAAGAGAAAUCUAAAGCUCUCAAAGAUCCCUCUCGAACUACUACAUGCCACACCAACCACCCUACUUUUCAGCUUGGAGGGAAUGGCAGACUUGCAGUUGGACUGGGAAAAGCUCCUCAAGUUGCGGUGUCCGGACGGCUCCUUCCACUCCUCGCCUGCUUCCACAGCUGCUGCCCUCAGCCAGACUGGUGACAAGGAAUGCCUUGCGUUUCUGGAGAGGCUCGUCAAUAAGUUCGAUGGGGGAGUACCAUGUACCCACGCGAUGGAUAUUUUUGAGCAGUUAUGGGUGGUCGAUCGGCUGAUGCGUCUGGGGAUAUCAAGGCACUUCACAAGUGAAAUCGAGCAGUGCAUGGAUUAUAUUUACAGGCGCUGGACUCAAAAGGGACUGGCUCAUAACGCGCACUGCCCAACCACGGAUAUUGAUGACACAGCCAUGGGUUUCCGUCUCCUCCGUCAGCAUGGCUAUGAUGUCACUCCAUCCGUGUUUAAGCACUUUGAGAAGGACGGCAAGUUUGUAUGCUUCCCCAUGGAGACCAACCACUCAUCUGUCACCCCAAUGCACAACACUUAUCGUGCAUCUCACUUUAUGUUCCCCGGUGACGACAACGUCCUAGCACGGGCUGGGAACUAUUGCCAGUCAUUCCUCCAAGAGAGACAAGCCUCCAACAAACUGUACGACAAGUGGAUCAUCGCCAAGGACCUGCCGGGUGAGGUUGAGUACACACUGAACUUCCCCUGGCAAGCAAGUUUGCCUCGAAUUGAAACAAGGAUGUAUCUGGAUCAGUAUGGAGGCAGCACCGAUGUUUGGAUAGGCAAGGUCCUCUACAGAAUGAAACUUGUGAGCAAUGACCUGUACCUUAAAAUGGCAAAAGCUGAUUUCAAAGAAUAUCAAAGACUCUCCCGACUUGAGUGGAAUGGCCUCAGAAAGUGGUAUUUCAGGAACCAUCUACAGAGGUAUGGUGGCACUCCAAAGAGUGCGCUCACGGCUUACUUCCUAGCUUCAGCAAACAUCUUCGAACCUGGCCGAGCAGCAGAGCGUCUAGGAUGGGCUCGCAUGGCAGUGCUUGCCGGGGCGGUGACCUCUCACUUUCGACACACUGGGGGACCAAAAGGCUCAACAGAGAAUCUUGAAGACCUUAUUGACCUUGUCUCGUUUGACGACGCUUCUGGUGCUCUUCAUGAAGCUUGGAAGCAGUGGCUCAUGGCAUGGACGGCAAAGGAGAGCCGUGGAUCCAUUGAAGGGGAUACAGCACUGUUGUUGGUUCGCACAGUCGAGAUCUGCUCAGGAAGGCAUGUUACGGCCGAGCAAAACCUCAACCUUUGGGAUUAUUCCCAGCUGGAGCAGCUCACCUCUUCCAUCUGCCGCAAGCUUGCCACAAUAGUUCUUGCUCAGAAUGGGGUAAAUAUGGAAAACACAGAGGACUUACACCGGCAAGUGAACUUGGAGAUGCAAGAACUAUCUUGGCAUGUUCAUCAGGGUUGCCAUGGCAUCAACAUAGAGACCAGGAAGACAUUUCUCAACGUGGUGAAAAGCUUCUAUUAUUCGGCUCAUUGCUCACAUGAAACAGUUGAUAGCCACAUCGCAAAGGUCAUAUUACAGGAUGUCAUUUAG